AUGCGUCUCCUCCCUCUCCUAACCGCCCUCCUGGGCCUGUUGCCCUUCACCGCCACGGCCUUCACCAACCCGAUCCGCCGCCCCGGUGGCUCCGACCCCUUCCUGACCUACUCGGGCGACGGCUACUACUACCUCCUCUCGACGACCUGGUCGACCGUCGAGAUCGCGCGCUCCACCACCAUCGACGGGCUCAAAACCGCCGCCAAGAAGGUCGUCUACUCCUCGGGGGACUCCUCGCGCUGCUGCAACGUCUGGGCGCCCGAGGUGCACUGGCUCGGCAACCGGUGGUACAUCUACUUCACGGCGGGGGGCAGCGCGAACCUGGAUAACCAGCGGAUGCACGUUUUGCGGGGCGGCACGACCCCCUGGGACGACUACGCCUACGUCGGCCGCAUCGGCGCCGACGAGUGGUCCAUCGACGCCUCCGUCCUGCGCACCGCCUCCUUCGGCAACUUCCUCAUGUACUCGUGCUUCCACGGCGCCGCCUACCAGUCCAUCUGCAUCCAGAAGCUCAACGACGACAACGUCUCCACCUCGGGCUCCGUCUCCCUCAUCUCCCAGCCGACCCAGUCCUGGGAGAAGGUCUCGCACCCCGUCAACGAGGGGCCCGCGGCGCUCUACUUCGGCGGCAAGACCUACAUCGCCUACUCGGCGUCCUACUGCUGGAGCGCGAGCUACUGUUUGGGUUUGCUGACCUGGGACGGCACGACGAGCCCGCUGAGCGCGAGCGCGUGGAGCAAGGGCAACGGGUGCGUGCUGAGCAGCGGGAACGGGCACUAUGGCACGGGGCAUAAUAGCUUCUUCCAGAGCCCGAAGGGCGACCAGACGUGGAUCGCGUACCAUGCGACGGCGAACAGCGCGGGCGCGUGUGAUGAUAGUCGGUAUACGAUGGUGCAGAUGCUGGGGACGCAUAGCAAUGGCAGCCCGAACUUUGGCACGCCUGUGGCGUUUAGUUAUGUGUAUGGGGAGCCGAGUAAGUAA